AAAAGUGACGCUAAAGGAAGUGAUCGCCGUCGUAAAGUUAAGUUUGUUCCCAACUUGGUGUUGGCCUCAACCACAAGAUGCGACACAAUUUAAGAUGCUCUGUGUGAAAUUGUAUCACUGUUUGUGCAUAAUUAUGGAUAUGUCCGUAGCAGUACCGUUGAUGUACACUAUCACACUCUAUCUUGACGAACCUGACAUCUUAGUGAACGUAGUUAUGAUGACAAGCAGCUGUAUUCACGGCAGUUUUAACUUUCUUUUCCAUAUGAUUAAUCACCAUCACAUACGGAAUGUUACUUAUGAAAUGGUACAUUUUAGCGACUUGAUGAAACCACAUGAAGAAAUUAUAGUUCAACGACACAUUGAGAAAUGUGUGAUGUACCAUGGUGUAUCUAUAUUUAUUUACUACAGCAUUACGUUCUUAGCUAUCGCAGUGCCAUUUUUAACGCAACAACAGUCAUUUCCAUUGUCAGCCGAAUAUCCAUUUAAUACGUCUUAUCAACCGCUAUUUACAAUAAUUUAUAUACAACAAUCUGCGGCCGGAAUAUUGAUAUCAGCACAACUAUGUACGAAUGUUUUUAUGGCUCUACUGCUCUGGUUUGCAACGGCAAGAUUUGAGAUACUCAUUGAAGACCUGGGGAAAGUUACAAAUGCCUGUCAGUUGUUCGAAUGUAUUAAAAGACAUCAAAAAUUACUCAAGUACGCUGAAGAAGUUGCAAUUUCUGCUCGUCCGUUCGCAUUAUCAACUCUGUAUUGUAGCACGCUUUGCUUAAUAUGUAUCUUUCUUGACCUUAUCACAGAUCAACCUAUAGCUAAAAUGCUCCACUUUUUCACAUUGUCUCUAGCAGCUUUAUCGGAAGUAUAUAUGUAUAGUUGGCCAGCAGAAUACUUGAUGCAUACGAGCAAAUGCGUUGCAGAAACAGCGUUCCAUAUGCUCGAAAAUAAUCAUUUCAUUGAACUACGGAAAUGUCUGCAAAUUGUUAUAAUGCGAAGCCAAAAACCAAUAGAGGUUACAAUUCCUUGUCUUAUGCCACCACUAUCUCUCAAUUCCUUUACAACGUAUCUUUCAACUAUACUCUCCUAUUUUACAACACUGCGAGUAAUGAUGGACGAAGAUAAAAAUUAACAGUAAACUUAGUACGUUAAAAAAGUAUCUUCCGACUAUACUCUCCUAUUUCACAACACUACGAGUAAUAACGGACGAUAAUAAAAAUCAACAAUAAACUUAGUACGUUAAAAUAGUUGAUGUAUUGAUUAGUUAGUAAAAUAGUAUAUAAUAAUUUUUCCAACAAUUGUCACAGUAAUAUAUUUA